UUCACCUCCUACCCCAACAGCGCGUUAAGCAACACGCGCUUCUCCGACCUCAAGCCGCCACUCUCCGAGCCAGUCCUCCGAGCCCUAACCGCCGGCGGCUUCGACUUCUGCACUCCGGUACAAGCCGCCACAAUCCCCCUGCUAUGCAGCUUCAAAGACGUCGCCGUCGACGCCGCCACCGGCUCCGGCAAAACCCUAGCCUUCGUCGUCCCUCUCGUCGAGACCCUCCGCCGCGCUUCCACCAAUCCCAAACCUCACCAGGUGAUGGGGAUGAUCAUAUCGCCGGCGAGAGAGUUGUCGUCGCAAAUCUACAACGUGGCGAAGCCGUUCAUUUCGACAUUGCCGAAUUUCAAGUGUGUGCUGUUGGUUGGUGGAUGGCAAGUGAAAGCUGACAUGAAGCUGAUUCAGGAGGAAGGGGCCAAUUUGCUGAUUGGCACACCAGGUAGACUCUACGACAUUAUGGAACGCAUGGAUAGCUUGGAUUUACGGAGCUCUGAGAUUUUGAUUUUGGAUGAGGCGGAUAGGCUGUUGGAUAUGGGGUUCCAGAAGCAGCUGACUGACAUUAUAUCUCGUGUGCCAAAGCUUCGAAGAACUGGUCUUUUUUCUGCUACGCAGACUGAGGCGGUAGAGGAGCUGCUGGCCAGGGCGGGUUUGAGGAAUCCGGUGAGGGUUGAAGAAGUACGCGCGGAGUCGAAAUUGAAUAAGGAUACAGCAUUGUCACAGCUAUCAGCUUCGUCCAAAACACCUUCCGCCCUUGCACUGGAGUAUAUGGAGUGCGAGGCAGACAAGAAGCCGUCGUAUCUGGUGGAUAUCCUUGUUAAGAAUAAGGCGCACAAGACCAUAGUGUACUUCAUGACUUGUGCUUGUGUUGACUACUGGGGAGCUGCUCUUCCGUGCCUUGCUCCCUUGAAGGAUCUCAAUCUGAUUGCUCUCCACGGGAAGAUGAAACAGGUAAAAGCAAGCUGGCCAACAGACUUAGUGAGACUCAUCAUUCGUUGUUCUAUUACACUCUAAGUUGCAAGGGACAAAGCUCUAGCCUCAUUUACAUCUCUCUCAAGUGGCGUCCUUCUGUGCACUGAUGUUGCAGCCCGUGGACUUGAUAUUCCUGGUGUUGACUGUAUAGUGCAGUAUGAUACACCUCAAGAUCCUAAUGUUUUCGUACAUAGAGUUGGCAGAACAGCACGUAUGGGUAGACAAGGAAGUGCAAUUGUUUUCCUGUUUCCAAAGGAGGAAGCUUAUGUGGAAUUUCUGCGGAUAAGAAGAGUUCCUCUUCAAGAAAGGAUAUGUCCGGAUGAUGUCUCUGAUGUUGUUCCUCAGAUACGAUCUGUUGCAAAAAAAGACCGUGAUAUCAUGGAAACGGGUAUGCGGGCUUUUGUUUCUCACAUCCGUGCAUAUAAAGAACACCAUUGCUCCUACAUCUUCAGGUGGAAAGAACUUGAAACUGGGAAGUUGGGCAUGGGAUUUGGGCUACUACAGCUCCCUGCAAUGCCUGAGGUACAGCACAACACUCUUUCCACCGAGGGUUUUGCCCCUGUUACAGACAUCAACCUGGAGGAGAUCAAAUACAAGGACAAAUUUCGUGAGAAGCAAAGGAGGAGGAAUCUGCUAGCGAAGAAAGAGGCAAGAAAGCAAGAACCUAAACCUAAAAAAAACGAUAAAAACAUAAGUGCUAAAGCUAAGGUGAUGAAGAAGAAAACAGCUUAUAAAAGACGUGCUGAGCAGACAGUCCAAGAUGCUGAUGAGUUGACGAGAGAUUAUCGCCUGCUAAAAAAGCUGAAAAAGGGGACUAUUGAUGAGGCUGGGUUUGCUAAGAUGACAGGAACUGAAGACUUACUCUGAAGUUGAUCUCAUAUUCUACAGAAUGUGAUUUUGGAAAUCCAGACAUUGGUGAAGUGAAAGAAAAGGAUUUAGCCAUUGGGAUAGGAACUCAUAUUCAUACAGAAGUAGCCAACACCAAGAUAUUUCGGGAGAGAACACGCCAAAAAUGUGGAGUGGCAUUCUUAGGAUGAAGGUCUGUAUAUGAGUCGGAAAUUUCAACACCUGUAUCGUAUUUAGUUUAAUUUGUAUUCCUCUGAAUACACUUGAUCUUGCCACAAUCUGCAAAGCAAGAACAGAGAGUGUACACAUGUUGACAAUCAGACAGUUUUCAGUCUAAUGAAACAGUGUUGUGC